AUGAUGCCACGGCAUCAAGGAAGCGGGUUUUCCAACGGAUAUCCCAGAGGCAAUACCUUUGACAUAUCUCCCCAUAGGUUUCAACCCCGUACUUCAACACCGGGGAACCGACGGCAGAGAAAAUUCCUCAUUCGAGCUGGCCUUGCAGUGCUUCUACUGCUUGUCAUUAGUGUUUGGUUAUGGCCCUCUAACCCAAUCCUCUCUGUCGUAUCUCUAGGCUUGUUGUCUGCGACGAACGAUCUCGAGCUCGAAACCGUCCGAUACUAUGACCUCAGCAAUGUCCAAGGUACUGCACGGGGCUGGGAACGCGAAGAACGCAUCCUCUUGUGCGUCCCUUUGCGUGAUGCAGAAGCGCAUUUGGCAAUGUUUUUUUCCCAUUUGCGAAAUUUCACGUACCCUCAUCAUUUGAUCGACCUUGCCUUCUUGGUGUCGGACUCGAAAGAUCGGACAUUGCAGGUGCUUACCGACAAUUUGGAACGAAUUCAGGCCGAUCCCGAUCCUAAACAGCCUUAUGGCGAAGUGUCCAUUAUUGAGAAAGAUUUUGGUCAGAAGGUCAACCAAGAUGUUGAAAGCCGACAUGGAUUCGCAGCACAAGCCAGUCGAAGAAAGCUAAUGGCGCAGGCCAGAAAUUGGCUUCUCAGUGCAGCUUUAAGACCAUAUCACUCUUGGGUUUAUUGGCGAGAUGUAGAUGUAGAGACUGCACCAUUCACCAUACUCGAGGACCUUAUGCGUCAUAAUAAAGACGUCAUUGUGCCAAACGUCUGGCGACCCCUACCGGAUUGGCUCGGUGGCGAACAACCAUACGAUUUGAACUCUUGGCAGGAGUCAGAGACUGCGUUAGCGCUCGCCGACACCUUGGACGAGGAUGCUGUGAUUGUGGAAGGCUACGCCGAGUACGCCACCUGGCGACCUCACUUGGCAUAUCUACGUGACCCUUAUGGCGAUCCAGAUAUGGAAAUGGAGAUCGACGGCGUUGGCGGUGUCAGCAUUCUAGCCAAAGCCAAAGUCUUCCGAACCGGCGUCCACUUCCCGGCUUUCAGCUUUCAAAAGCAUGCUGAAACAGAGGGCUUUGGAAAGGUCGACGACAUUCGUCACAUGGAGGAGAUGGAGCAAGAACGAAUUGCUCGUGAGAACGAAGAGCAGGAGAAGAAACUUAAGGAGCAGAAAUUGAAAGAAGAAUUUGGUGAUGCAAGUAGUCAGUGGGAGAAGGAUAAGAAAGAAUUGAGGAAGCAACAGCAACAGUCAAAGCGGUCCGGUGUAGGUUCUCCAGAAUUACAUCAAACUGAAGCUGCGGACACUGUGAAGGACUCCGGGGUCAUUGCUUAA